AUGUCAUCUCAUCAGAGAUCGAUGUCUUCUCACCAGAGAUCAACGUCAAAUGCACCUGCGCCUACGUACUUUGAAGAGCAGCGUGCAGAGCUACUACGAGAGAUAUCGCUGAGUCUAGAAGGGGUGCUACAGAACAUUAACAAGUUUAAUCGUAACCUCGAGAGCAUCAUAACGGUUGGGAACGAACUCAGCUCGGUAGAAGGGCUCUGGUCGCAGUUCGAAGGCGUGAUGGGUCGGAAUGUCGAGGAGCAAGGCAGUGGGAAUGCUGAAGGAGGUCAAGAUGUCAAGGACGAGGAUAGACAGUCAUGA